GAUCUCACGUGGAUGCCAUGGGCUGCUACAGAGCCUUGAUAGCCGGGGAAUGGUAGAGGAAACACCUGGGUGCAGAGCCUUGAUAGCUGGGGAAUGGUAGAGGAAACACCUGGGUGCAAAGGCAUCAUUUUUUCACCCCUGUAAACGCGCAGUGACAUAGGUAGGAAUGGAAGAGAAGAGAGUCCUAUCCCCAUCUUGGUCUUGAGGCUUGUAUGAUUUUGGAGUAGAGCCAUCGACGUUAAACCGGCAAUGCCAGUUCCUCUUGCCCCAUAUCCAACAGCUCCAGUACCAUUUACACCACCAAAUGGUGGACAAAGCCAACUUGUUUGUUCUGGUUGCCGAAAUCUCCUUCUCUAUCCACUAGGGGCAACAUCUGUAUGUUGUGCUGUUUGCAAUGCAGUGACAGCCGUACCUCCACCUGUUUUUGAGUUUGCAACAGGAACAGAGAUGGCUCAGUUAGUCUGUGGAGGAUGUCACACCCUUCUGAUGUACAUACGUGGAGCAACUAGUGUACAAUGCUCUUGUUGUCACACUAUCAACCUGGCUCUGGAAGCAAAUCAGGUAGCACAUGUCAAUUGUGGGAACUGCCAAAUGCUGCUCAUGUACCAAUAUGGAGCAGGAUCAGUGAAGUGUGCUGUCUGCAAUUUUGUGACAUCAGUUGGGGCUUCACCAAUCACUGAGCACAAGCCUAAUAACUGAAACUCCGGAAAUCGUAAUGAUGGUAAUCUCUGACUUCCAAAACUUCAUCCACUCAUCUUUCGGCAACUGAGGCAGUAAUGCAUGUCUACGAAUGAAGACUGCUACAUAUCUAUCUUCUCUUCACCCAGAACGUGUAGAGGUUUUUCCUUUUACGAAUUCUCUUUCUCUAUUAGCCCCUACAAUAAACAGUUUUGGUGUGUUUGAGGUGUGUAGAUCAUUGUAGGAACAAUAUUCAGCUUAGAGUUGGAUGUUCAGGAUACUGCCAUUUAAUUUGGGAUGAUUGCCAGAGUGUGUUUUAUAAAGCACAAUAUGUGUCUAAAUCUUUUGUUUCUCUGUAUCAA